AUGCGCUCAUUCGUGCAGUGGAUGGGUCAAGGCAAAGCAAACGAGGCACUCAUGAUUGGCAGAGAGAUUCCUGCCAGCGAGUUGGUUCAGGUCGGGUUUGUUAACAAAGUCUUCCAAGACAAGAGCAAUUUCCGCAAACAGGAGAGGGAGUACUUGCAGCAGACCUUUGGCGAUAAGGCUUCUGGGAGUAAGGUGCCCCAUAUUCUUAUCUAA